AACCUGAAGUUGCGAUUGGUCAUAUUUGUAAAUGGGGCGGUGACACCGAUUUGAUAAAGGCCGUUUAAACGGGUGGGCGGGUACCGACACAAUUUGAAAAACUCAGUAGCAGAAGAAUAGAGUCGGUGGACAGAACCGACACACCAGUUACAAGUAUGGCCUCUCAAAAUAUGGACCCUGCAGCUUCCUCAUCCACAGCCGCUCUGAAAGGCAAUGAGACCGGUGGGAGUGCCGCAAAGGGCUCAGUCACUAAAAGACUUCAACAAGAGCUGAUGACACUAAUGAUGUCUGGACAUAAGGGGAUCUCGGCUUUCCCAGAAUCUGACAACCUUUUUAAGUGGAUCGGAACGAUAGACGGUGCUCAGGGAACAGUUUACGAAGGCCUGAGGUACAAGCUGUCGCUGGAAUUCCCUAGUGGCUACCCUUACAAAGCCCCACGCGUGAAGUUCAUCACAUCGUGUUUCCACCCCAAUGUUGACGAUCAGGGAUUCAUCUGUCUGGAUAUCUUGAAAGACAAAUGGUCAGCUCUGUACGAUGUGCGUUCCAUCCUACUGUCCAUCCAGAGUUUAUUAGGAGAGCCCAACAAUGAGAGUCCCUUGAACACUGCUGCUGCUGAGCUUUGGCAUAACCAGGAAGCAUUCAAAGCCCAUUUAAACUCUACCUACAAGAACUGACCCAAGAUCCUACAAUCCUGCCAUGUGUUCUAGUUUUAAGUAUCUUUCUUCUGAUUAUGUAAAUACUGGGUAUGUCUGUACAAUAUUUUUAUGUUUGUAUAAACUUUAUGUGAAUAAAGUGUAAUCGUGG